GAAAAUGAGUAGUAGCCUUAGCCUUCCUCCUGAUAAUGGAAACCAACGUCAUCGCCAUGUGCAUCCGUACUGUCAAAAGUAAAUACUUCUGAUGAGAUUAUUCAAUUUGCGCCAGUUUAAGUAGACCAAACAACUACUCCCUCCCCACCAGCACUUUUUCCGGCAUAAAAAGUACCAUUUUCCUGUAAAUUUUGUAAGCUUUCAUUGUCUUUUACACCUUUUACUAGCAGCUCAUUUCCUCUCCUCUGAGAAUGGGAUUCACGGACCUCCUUAUCCUCUUCCUAGCUCUUCUCUUUCUCCGCUUCUGGUGGCGUUACUGGUCCGUCACCGGAGGUGGGUCCAAAAACCUUCCCCCUGGGCCGCCGGGCUGGCCUAUUUUGGGUAAUCUCGGCCAAGUCAUUCUCCAACGCCGGCAUUUCGUCUUUUUAGUACGCGACCAUUUACGUGCAAAAUAUGGCCCAAUCUUUACCAUGCAAAUGGGCCAACGCACGCUCGUGAUUGUCACCAGCUCCGAGCUCAUCCACGAAGCCCUGGUGCAGAGAGGCCCUGCAUUCGCGAGCAGGCCGGAGGACUCGCCGAUCCGGCUCCUGUUUAGCGUCGGAAAAUGCGCCAUUAACUCCGCCGAGUACGGGCCGCUCUGGAGGACUCUACGCCGUAACUUCGUGACCGAGCUGAUAAACCCUGUGAGAGUAAAGCAAUGCAGUUGGAUACGGAAAUGGGCGUUCGAAAACCACAUGAAGACGCUCAAGAGAGAGGCCUCAGAGAAAGGGUUUGUCGAGGUGAUGAGCAACUGUAGGCUCACCAUAUGUAGCAUCCUCAUAUGCCUUUGCUUCGGCGCAAAGAUCUCCGAAGAUGAGAUCAAAAGGAUCGAAAGCGUGCUAAAGGACGUGAUGUUGAUCACGUUACCGAAGCUCCCAGACUUCUUCCCAGUCCUCACUCCGUUGUUCCGCAAGCAACUCAAAGAAGCCAAAGCGCUGAGAAACAAACAGCUGGAGUGCUUGGUUCCGCUCGUAAGAAAUAGAAAGGCUUUCGUGGAGAGCGGUGGAAAUGGUGGUCCGGAGAUGGCGAGCCCGGCUGGUGCCGCCUAUAUAGACUCGCUUUUCGGCCUGGACGCGCCGGGUCGGGGCAAGUUGGGAGAAGAAGAGCUCGUGACGCUGUGCUCGGAGGCGAUCAACGCCGGGACGGACACGAGCGCUACUACUUUGGAGUGGGCUUUGCUUCACUUGGUGCUGGACCAAGAGAUUCAAGAAAAGCUGUACAAGGAAAUCUCGGAUCACGUAGGGAAAGAUGGGCUCAUCACUGAGAGCGACGUAGAGAAAAUGAGCUACCUCGGUGCGGUGGUCAAAGAGACUUUACGGCGACACCCACCGGGACAUUUCGUGCUCUCGCACGCAGUCACGCAGGAGACAGAGCUCGGAGGGUACACCAUUCCCGAAAACGCGAGCGUGGAGUUCUACACUGCGUGGGUGGCCGAGGACCCGGUUCUGUGGGAGGACCCGGGUGAGUUCCGACCCGAGAGGUUCUUGGUCGGUGAUGGGGUCGACGUGGACGUGACGGGGACGAGGGGGGUGAAGAUGAUGCCGUUCGGAGCCGGCCGGAGGAUUUGUCCGGCAAUGACGCUGGGGACUCUGCAUGUACUCCUCUUGCUGGCAAGGAUGGUGCAUGCUUUCAAGUGGUUGCCGGUUCCCGGAGCCCCACCCAACCCGACUGAGACUUUUGCUUUCACUGUUGUGAUGAAGGACCCUCUCAAGGCAGUGAUCUUGCCAAGGGUGUGAUAGGUCAUAGGUUUGAGCUUUGCUAUGUACCAUUGUGGGUACGUGGAUAAGAUACUGUUGUUAGGAGAGGUAAUUUUCUUCGGAUUUGGCUUAGAUGGCUGUAAAAAAAAAAUUACAGCAUCUUGAUUCAGGUUUUUUUAACGGUUCAGAUUUAAUUUAAUUUUUUUAUUAUUUUUUAUAAAAAUCUUAAAAUUAAAUUUUGACCGUUGAAAAAACUAAUGUGGUAAUUUUUUUUUUUUUUUUUGUUUUUUCCAUGUAAGCCAAAUCCAUUUUGCUCUUUUGGUAUGCCUUAAUAAGCUUAGCUAAUUAUGCUAGUGUGUUAGUAUUUGCUUAGACAAAAAAGAGAGACAAGGGGCUAGGCUAGAGUUUGCUUAUGUAUAAGUGGUAGAAUGAAGGUUGAAUUAAUCCUUAUUUUGAAACUCUGGAGUGCAUUCUAAUUAGUUUUUUGUGAGGAGAAUAUAUUGAUUGUUAAAAUUUAUGUUCU